UUUGAAGGAGCGGUUAGUAAAGAGGGUGGUGAUUCCACUGAAGCAACUGCCAAACCAAAGAGAAGCUUUUAUGCUGCGAGGGAUUUGUACAAAUACCGACAUCAGUACCCACAGAACUUCAAAGAUAUCCGAUAUCAAAAUGACUUGAGCAAUCUUCGUUUUUAUAAGAAUAAAAUUCCUUUUAAGCCAGAUGGUGUUUACAUUGAAGAAGUUCUAAAUAAGUGGAAAGGAGAUUAUGAAAAACUAGAGCACAACCACACUUACAUUCAAUGGCUUUUCCCCCUGAGAGAACAAGGCUUGAAUUUCUAUGCUAAAGAAUUAACUACAUAUGAAAUUGAGGAAUUCAAAAAAACGAAAGAAGCAAUUAAAAGAUUCCUCCUGGCCUAUAAGAUGAUGUUAGAAUUUUUUGGAAUAAAACUGGUUGAUAAAACUGGAAAUGUUGCUCGGGCUGUUAACUGGCAAGAAAGGUUUCAGCAUCUGAAUGAGUCCCAGCACAACUAUUUACGAAUCACUCGUAUUCUUAAAAGCCUUGGUGAGCUUGGAUAUGAAAGUUUUAAAUCUCCUCUUGUAAAAUUUAUUCUUCAUGAAGCUCUUGUAGAAAACACUAUUCCCAAUAUUAAACAGAGCGCUCUGGAGUAUUUUGUUUAUACAAUUAGAGACCGGAGAGAGAGGAGAAAGCUCCUACGGUUUGCCCAGAAACAUUACACACCAUCAGAGAAUUUUAUCUGGGGACCGCCGAGGAAAGAACAGUCCGAGGGAAGCAAAGCCCAGAAAAUGCCAGCCCCUCCCACCUCUGGUCAUAUUAGUCAAACUUCUAUGCACAAAAAAUCCAAGGACUCCAAAAAUUCCUCCUCAGCUGUUCAUUUGAAUAGCAAAACAGCUGAAGAAAAAAAAGCGACACCUGGAGCGUCUGGAGAAGAGACAGACGGGCCGAGCGCAGAGUCCAGCAGUGAAGCCGCCAAGCCGGGAAACACAGAGGACGAUAAUGCUGAAAAUUCAAAUUCUCAACUGGAAAAAGCAGCGAGCCAUCCCACAGAGAGGAAGGAAAUUGAAGUUCCUCCUGAAAAAGAUGAAGAAGGUGAAAAUCAUAACAAAGACUGUGAAAAUCCUGGAAAUACAGGCCCCCCUGAUGAUGGACUAUCACAGUGAAUUAUGAGGACCCCCAAACCUGUAUAGGUAAGGGAGGGAAAAACCUAUACACAGUCUGUCCUGAAGAAGAGAGGUUAUUUCACAUUUUAGCCAUCUGUUUGUAAUUUCUGUUGUAAACAGUUUGUUGGUGGUUUUUUUAUGUUGGAUGAUAAUGAAUUUAAUAUUUAGUAAAAAGUUUUAAGCAACAACCAAUAAAUGAAUGUAUUCUCUAACACUUUUAGGAUGUGAGUUUUCAAGUUCUGUGCAUAAUAAUUGCUUUUAAAUUAUUUCACUGUAUAUGGAAAUAGUCAUGUAGUAUUUGAUAUAUCAGAUUCUUUUGGGAGAUUACAGUCUACAUGAAGGAAAUGAAGAGGAUAAAUUUUGUUAUAUUGCCACAUCAUGGGCUAAUUUAUAGAUUCAUAAAGCUGGAAAAACAAAUUUGGUCAUUCCAAAUGUAUUCAGCAAGUGAUUUGGACUCUCCAGUAGAACACCUCUUUAUAAAUUCUGGUGUGUGAAAUGGAUAUUCUUAGGGAACCAUAAUUAACCCGUCCAUGUCUUCGCCUACCCACUGUCCUUUCCUCUUUUCCUGUCUCUGCACUUGCCCUCAUUUGCCAUCUUUGUCGGCCAGCAUGUGCAUUUCUAGGGUACAUUCAGGUGAUCCCCUGUGCUGAAAUUUAAAUGGAACAGAGGGGCACUUUUAACUGCAUUAUAUCAAGAAUUUGCUUUUUUAAAAUAAUAAAAAUGUUUUUCUAUAUUAAAUGCUUAAAAACAAAUUUUGAUGCAGAAGUCCAAGAAAAGGAUUUUGCUUUUAUGGCUGUUCCAUAUAAAUUCGGUGCUUGUUUCUGAAUGCAAAUGACUAAAGAAUUAAAAAAUAAGGAAAGAAAAUAUACAUUUUAAAAUAGCAUGCUUCUUACACUGGUAACAAGGCAGUGGUCCCUAAAACCUUGACUAUCUCAGUGUUCUGUGGGCUGUGAAGUUAGUAAUACUGCUUAGUCCAGUGUAUCUUUAAAAAAGAAGACAAUUUGAUAUAUCUUUAAAUUGUCAAACCUUGAAAUUGAGAUUUAAAAUUCCAUUUCCUCAGUUUUAGCAAGCACUUAAUAUGUUAAUACUGGUUAAGAGUAAGUAGUUUUACUUUCUGUAAUAUUAUGACUAAUAUUACACAUCAGAAAAUAAUCACUGUGCUGAGAACUUCAAAGCGUACCUACAAAUAUAGUUCAAGCAAUUAGUAGGAAAAAAAAUUCACUUUCAUUUAGAGAAGAAUUGGCCGUCGUGUAUCUUCUGGGGUUUUAGAUUCACUUUAACCCCCCAAAAUUUUUACUGUGUUCUAUUUGUUAGUCACAUCAUACCAUCCUGUUACCUUUAUAGUCGGGGGAUUUCCAGCAGAGGAUUUCUAGAAAAUAUACCAAUAGUAUGCCAUUAGAAGUACGAUUUUAUUGUUUUGGAGUUUACAUGAAGCAUCAGAGUUGCUCAAACCGGAGUUUUUAAUAUAUUAUUAACCAAGUUAUAUGUCAUAUUCCAAUUACUAUAGAGCAUCUUUUCAUUUUUGGUGCCCAAAGUAUCCCAAUUUUUGCUUUCUACUGUUUUGUGAAGUGAGUAUUAAGAUUUGGAGAAACAAUUCUGCCUUUGCAUUUCAAUUUCUUUUUUGUGUGGACCCUCUAAUGUGCUGCUUGGAGCAGUGUCCCAAUAGAGCUCAAAGAACAGUUUCGCAGGGUAAGAUGAAAGUAGUGGUCACAUUGAGCUGAACCGUAGGAACAUGAUUAAUUCAAAAUAUCUUAUCAUGUUUGAAUACAUAAACAGGUGUUCAGACUGCUUUCUAAGUGCAAAAUAUUUAAAAUUUGUGACCAGAUAUUAAAAUAUUAAUAAACAGUGGACAGAGAUUAAAGUAAAUGAACAUAAUCUGAAUUGCUUAGAAACUAGUGUAUCAGAGCCCUUACAAGUAAAAACACUUCCUUCAACAAUUUAACUUUUAAAAUAUUAUUCAUAAUUAGGGUUUGAUUAGAUUGUAUCAAUUAAUUUUAGAAUAUUUAGUCUCAAGGGAAAAACUGCCUGGCCUCCAUUUAUAUAAACAGUGGCCCUUUCCCACGAUAUUUUUUUUAAAUUCCAUAUUCACAUGUAACAGUAUGAUUCCUACAUUUAAUCUGCAAACAAUUUAUGAGAGAAUCCCUCAGUGGAGAACAAGUGAGAGGAUGUCAUUCCUUUUGCAGGUAAAACUUGAGUGUCUAUAAUAUUUUUUCUAUUAAGAAUACUUUAUAAAAUUAAUAGUUUUUUAAAUAAGAUCUAUAGAUACGUAUUUAUGUGGGUCUUAGAUAUGAGACAGCCCUCUGGGGUUGACUCCGAUGUUUUGUAUUUUUAAAAACUACGAUAUGCUUGCAGAAAUUUACUGAGAAGCUGUUUUAAAAAUGCAGUGAAGCAUGGCCAAAUAGCUAGAAACAUUAUUGAAUCUUGCAAAUAUAUAGACUCUUUUGUUGUACCUUGGACUGUGAAGAUAUAAACAUUGGCUAUUGAUAAAAUAUUUACUUGCAUUUCAUGGCAGAUGUUAUAUCGCUUGGUUAAGUCUAGUACAUUUCUAAUAUUUUGUGCUUUCAUAUCCCUAAGGGGAUAAUAUAUGUGAAAGUAUUUUGAAAUACUGUAAAGUGAUAUAUAAUUAUAUUUCUGUACAGUAGAGAAAAACUUUAUAACAUUAACAAUAUUGUACCACUAUAUAGUUUCAUGCUCCAUCUCAUAAGAAACACAAAAGAAUCUUGAUAGAAGCAAAAAUGUGUCUGCUUUUUCUAAAUCAGGUCUCGUUCUCAGUUAAAAAUUAUUUUGCAUAGUUCUAUUUUGAAUUUUGAUUUUGAGACUACUUUUUUUCAGCUUCGAAGAGAAAAUAAAUGUGCAACUCAGGAGUUACUAGAGAAUUCUAAGAUUUUUUUGCUGUGUAUUAAUGUAAACAUGAAAAUGUCAUUUCAUAGCUAUCACAGGCAUUGUGUUUCAUAUUUUGUUGUAUAAAAUUGCCUACUUUGCUUUUAGUUUUUAUGCUUUAAUCUGAGUGAAAAUAUGAUCUGGUGAAAAAGGAAAAACAGUGCAAUGUUAUAUCUGAGUUACUCUUUCAAAAACCAUUUUAGUAAGUAAACGCCCAUAUCAAGUGGUCAAAAACUGGUUGAGGAAAUAGAGGAUAUUUGGUUCAUUUUUUUAAGUUAAAUUUCCCAAGUUCAUAUCAGAGUCAUGAUUGGAUUUAUCUUGAGUAGCUAAAUGGGCUAUAUAUAUAUAUAUUUUUUUUUUUUGGUCUUUCUCUCUUUCAUGCCAGUUUAUGCUGAGUGGGGACCCUUUGUUAUAGGAAUGGUUUUGAAGAUUUCUGUUUUGUCUCCCACUUAGAAAAUUCCUCUUUGUCUUUUGAGCUACAUGUGUUAGAUAGAAGGUAGGCUGGGGUUAGACAUGCUGGGAUCGUUUCAAAUGUAGGUGAGGUUGUAGAGAACAAUGAUGGGGUCAAUGUCAGAUCCAGAAAUUAGGAGUUACAGAUAUCUACUUCUUUUAACUUUGACUUCCGUAGUGUUUGUCACAGGAACAGAUUUGUGUGGGGAAGCUCCAGGGUGACAGUGAGCACUACCCUGCCUCUCCCUGUUCCCGUUCUCCAGCCCACCCAGCACAUUGUGCUCGGGGACACACUGUGGUUUUAGAAAUCCCUUAGUAUUGAAGUUAAUAAUAGUAUAGUUAUAAAUGUGAAUGCCUGAAAGUGUCCAGAUGUGCCUUAACUAAUGUAGAUGGUUUAAAUUUUUACUCCAUUGUAAAAUCUUGCCAUGAGGACCUUUCCAAACCAUGAGUAUCAGUUAUUUUAAUGAACUUACUUUGGUGCUUUUCAUUUUUGAGAAAUUUCUUUUUGUGACAAUAACAUUAGUUCAUAAGGAAGUGUACUUUGCAUAGUGUUCAACAGUGUGUUAUAUUUGACAAAAAGUGUUUACAGUAAGAUUAACUACAUUGUUACAUUUAUUUAUGCUUUUGUUUGACUUUGCUACAUGCUAUGAUUUUCAUUUUAAACAUUUCUUGGUUAAAAUAAGUAAUAUUUGUCUGUAUUUUACUUCUUGUUCUUAGCUGCAGAUGGAUGCAGAAAUGGCAUUCUAUUAGAGAAUUAUUUAGAAGUUUAAUUCCAGUAGAUGGUUGGAGGAAUCUGAAAUUCAUUUUCUUAUUAGAAACAUUUAAAAAGCACUGUUUUUGCCUUUUUCCCCUAGAUUAGAAUGUAAUUUGUCAUCUGCUUUUUUCCUGAUCUGUUGAGAAUGACUGUUUUGGUUAUUUGUGGGAAAUAGCUUCUUAAUGUUUCUUUCUUGAAUUAAAAGUUUUCAUGUUAGAGGAUACAAUCAAGUGCUUUGCUUUAUGGCUCAAACUGUGCCUGGAAGUAGAGUUCAGAAUGGGGAGUAAAAAUCAGGGGAGCAUCUUGGUAAAGUGGAGCCAGCACUGGGCUCCCCAGUCUCUCCAGGCAUGACAGGUCCUCAGGAGCCUCCUCUGGUUCAGGAGGGUGCUGAGCUUUAUUGUCCCUCGUUUCUGAAGAGGAUCGAUUACCUUGGAUUCCAACAUAAUUUUAAUACAUUAUCAAUUUUCCCAAAAUAUAUGUUACAAUUUGCUACCAUUUUGCAGUUAUGAAAUUGUGAACAAUUGGACACUUGCUAUGUAAAUUGAAUCGUUCAUAACUAUCUUGGGAAACAAUGAAAUACCAUUUCUGCCCACCCUUCCUCCCAGUUCUUCAAUUGCAAUUCUUUUAGGUUGCUCUUUCAUAGGUAUAUAUUUAAAAGUUUUUAUAAAAUGACUCAGUGUACAUUAAAAAUGAAUCGAAAGGGAAAAGACGUUGAUACUUGUUAGGUAAAAGACUCUUUUUAAACCAAAAAUCUGAAACCUUAUGAAAGUAUAUUUAAGCUAUGAAGUUUAUCAUAUUCUCAUAUGGCAGAGAUUAUAGAAUAGUUUGCAUUAAUCAGAGAGAUUAGUUAUAUAAUAAUCUUGGCCCUAACAGAUGUUUAAGUUUCUGGUCAAAUGAACAUUAUUUUUUUCAGUGCUGAUAGAAAAAUUUAGUUUCAUGUGGAGAAAAGGAAACUAUAAAUGAAACAAAAGAUUAGAAACAACAACAAGAAGCUUACUAGAGAAAUAAAGAUAAAACCAAUUCUAAGUUUGUACAAGUGACACAAUUAUUGGAAGCAGAUGAGGAAUGAUCCAUAAAAGCUUUAUGUUAGGGAUGUGAUUUCAGAAUUAGCUGUUUUUGUGCAUAGGUAGAAUUGGUUGCAAAUAGAGUCCCAUUAAUACUCCCUUUUAAACAUGAUUUAUAUCUGCAGUAAAUGGAAACCUUUCAGUAGACUGGCAUCAGAUACCAAGUUUAAUUUCUUUUUUUGCCAGUGUGUAUCAAUAGUUGGUGGUUUUACUAACAAGAAAUUAAACGGGGGACUGGCUGAGAUAAGACAAGAUCAGUAAUAUGGUUGUCUCCAAAUGAAGUAACUAUUGCCCACACGAGAGUUGACAGCGUAGUAAUUGUGAGGUAUUACAAUCAAGAGAAACAAAUGAGAGCAAAGCGUUAGCUUACCCCUUGAUAAGCAUUUUCCCUCUUUUUAUUAAAAGACCAUGUAAUUAUUUCCUAAGUAAGAUAUUGGCUGUUUGUUAGUAUUACCUAAGAAGAUGGAUGGCCAACUGGGUCCAGGCACUACUAUUUCACUUUGGAAACUAUUGUGUCCUUUGUUUUUUCAGUAUUUCAGGAAAAUGGGUAUGAUUCUUCAAAAGAUGUGUGUUUCACUUCGCACAUAAGUGCUGACUCUCCAGCAGCCGCUGGGUCUUCUCUGUGCCCUGUGUUCUACUGCAGUAUGAAUCACAGAAUGCUGUGCAUGUCUGUUCGUACCAAUACCAUGUGUAUGUGGUAGGAGUUGUAACCAGUUUCUGGAUCUGUAUGGUACUAUGAAACACUUGUUUUAUAAUUCUGUAAUUGUAUGGCAGUGUUAUGCCAAAAAUGUAUAAAGAACAAUAGUUUCCAUUGCUUACUGCUGUAGUUUAAAAUAUUGUUUCUGAAAUAAGUAUUUAGAGUUCCUUUAGAGUAAUUAUUUUUAAAAAACUAUUGCCAAAUACACAUCCUGUAAAAUGAAUAAAAGCCACUUCAUCUUGUUUAACAUUUUAGCAUUAUGUUAGAGUACAUUCUAUUGGUUUGGCAUGAUUAAAAUAUUUUUAAGUAGCUGGGAAAAUGACUUGCUGUUUUCCUAUGACUAGACAUAUAUUUUUAUGAUUAUUAUAUGAGCUCAAUAUUAUUUCCUUUUAUUUUGUAAAAUAAAUAUUUUAUUUUGAAGGGUGGAAUCUUAUUUACCUAUGAAGUUAUUUUUGUUGCAAGAUUUUGGAGGCCAGGUCACUUGUAUGUGUAAAUACUUGGGUGUUUAUUGUUUCUUUUUUGCUUUCUCUAAUGCAGUGUUUCAAAAGUAUAUUUAACAUAGAUAAAUGAAAAUGAACAACCAAUGGAGAUGACA